AACAAAACAAUUGAUCCUUCGCGUACCGUUGUUUCGGGGUUCUGUUCCUCUUAAAAUCGUUUAAAAAUGAUGCGCUACGAGGGAAACGAAGAGCUGGCGGACAAAUCGGCGUGUGCCGGUGUUCGUGCAGAUUUGAAAAUGUGUCUGCUCGCAAGCGAUUGUUGCAAGAAGAAGAAAACUCCCCGCGAAUGUUUGAACCGCACCGACGGGUCGGUUCCGCAAGAAUGCUCUGUACUACGAAACACGUUCUUCGAGUGUAAGCGAUCGAUGCUCGAUAAUCGACAGCGAUUUCGGGGCAGGAAAGGAUACUGAGCAGUAUUGUGUGGCCCGUUUGUGUGUUUAUUGAACGCUCAAUCAAACCAUACAUCUAGUGUAGAAUCCAUGCUUUAAGUUUGUAGAAACAGUUUCAAAUUAAAU